AUGAUCCUUUGGACCUGGACAUCGCAGAUUGUGAUAGACACACUUUAUGCAGGUUUCUCAGCAAGCGCUUCUGCUCAAUACAAUUACAGCACAAGCCUCAGCCAUAGUAGAUACUAUGCCCUCUGUGAUGUGGCUCAUACGUCGUUCAGCCUGGUGCUUAAGGAUCCUGAAUUUACCGACUCGAGAAUCAACCAGAAUCUGGUGGAGGAAGCCAAGAAAUUGCCCGAAUGGGCCGAAACUAAUGACGUUUAUCGCCAGUACGUGAAGUUCUUCCGCAGAUGGGGGACCCAUGUCAUCAAAUCGUGCACCUUCGGAGCUCGAUAUCAACUGAGAGUAGAGAGCGAUGCGAGCAAGUAUACUUCAAAGCAAAUAUUUCAGGCUCAUGUCUCCGCAGAAUGCAGCUUCGUGGCCCAGGCUAAAGCUGAGGCAGGCAUCAAAUCCACUAGCGAUUACAGCAACUAUCUCAAUUCUCGUAGCUUCAAUGCUAGAGUGAAGGGUGGGAGCUCCAGCUCAAAUUUGAUCCUGUCCCGAAAACCCGAUGAUCCGGAGAAAUAUGCAGCGGCGUUCGACGAAUGGGCAAGGAGUCUUGAUAAUGCCCUCUCAAGCAAUCUGAUUGAUGCUCGGCUCGACAGUGUCGGCAACUUGCUUCAGAAUAGCUCCGUGGAGGAACACCGCGCGGUUGCAGGCAAGCUUGUGAAAGCUCUGGAAUACCUAGCUUCCAUGCGAAAAUGUGAAGGAUUCCUCAAGAUUGAUGCACGCCAAAAGACAACCGAUCUACUCUUUUCACGUGGACUCGAGCUAAGUGUCUUCAAAUUCGUUGGAGGCCUAUGUCAACUAUCCUACUGCUACAGCCGAUUCCAGUUUGGAUCGUUCUCGAAGGUUACUCCCUCCGGGUCCUUCGCAGGCCAACAGGCGAUUGAUAUAUAUGUUUCUAUCUCGAUACUCACCCCACCUGGCCCUGUCAGGGUGAAGCUAUCAGUUCUUUCGGGGGAUGCCACGACCACGGCUUUGGAUCUAUCGCCAGGCGGACCGACUUUGAGUACUGGUGUGCUACCUUCAUUCCCGGCAUUCAAGGAUUACACAUUUCCCGCGACUUCGCUCUUUGUACCUCGCGUCCAUUUCGCACCUCUAAACAUCGGCCCUGUUUCCAAUGCUGGAGCGGCUCAAUUGCUGAAUAUCGCUCAGAAUAUCAAAGAGUGA